CCUGACGGCCCCGGCCCUCGCUUCACCCCGACGCCCCGGCGUGCGCGUCCUCCCGCCGGCCUGCAGGCCCGGGGCCUCCGCCUGCUUCCCCGCCGCUGCUCCUCGCGGCCCCGUCUCGCGUUCACGCUGUCGCCCGGGCCGGCGCGGCCGCGGGCAACCGCUCCCCCUCCCACACCUACCCCGCCCCCUCCCCGCCUUUUCCGCCCUCCCGUCCCCCUCCCUCGGCCCGCCGCCGCUGCUCCAGAUGAGGUGAUGGCAACGGCCAACUUCGGCAAGAUACAGAUCGGGAUUUACGUGGAGAUCAAGCGGAGCGAUGGCCGAAUACAUCAAGCAAUGGUAACAUCUUUAAAUGAAGAUAAUGAAAGUGUAACUGUUGAAUGGAUAGAAAAUGGAGAUACAAAAGGCAAAGAGAUUGAUCUCGAGAGCAUCUUUUCACUUAACCCUGACCUUGUACCUGAUGAAGAAAUUGAACCCAGUCCAGAAACACCUCCACCUCCAGCAUCCUCAGCCAAAGUAAACAAAAUUGUAAAGAAUCGACGGACUGUGGCUUCUAUUAAGAAUGACCCUCCUCCAAGAGAUAACAGAGUGGUUGGUUCUGCACGUGCACGGCCUAGUCAGCUUCCUGAGCAGUCUUCCUCCGCACAACAGAAUGGUAGUGUUUCAGAUAUAUCUCCAGUUCAAGCUGCAAAAAAGGAAUUUGGACCCCCUUCACGUAGAAAAUCUAAUUGUGUGAAAGAAGUAGAAAAAUUACAAGAAAAACGAGAAAAAAGGAGACUACAACAGCAAGAACUUAGAGAAAAAAGAGCCCAGGAUGUUGAUGCUACAAACCCAAAUUAUGAAAUUAUGUGUAUGAUCAGAGAUUUUAGAGGAAGUUUGGAUUAUAGACCAUUAACAACAGCAGAUCCUAUUGAUGAACAUAGAAUAUGUGUUUGUGUAAGAAAACGACCACUCAAUAAAAAAGAAACUCAAAUGAAAGAUCUUGAUGUAAUCACAAUCCCCAGUAAAGAUGUUGUGAUGGUACAUGAACCAAAACAAAAAGUAGAUUUAACAAGGUACCUAGAAAACCAAACAUUUCGUUUUGAUUAUGCCUUUGAUGACUCAGCUCCUAAUGAAAUGGUUUACAGGUUUACAGCUAGACCACUAGUUGAAACUAUAUUCGAAAGGGGAAUGGCUACAUGCUUUGCUUAUGGACAGACUGGAAGUGGAAAAACUCAUACUAUGGGAGGUGACUUUUCAGGAAAGAACCAAGAUUGUUCUAAAGGAAUUUAUGCGUUAGCAGCUCGAGAUGUCUUUUUAAUGUUAAAGAAGCCAAACUAUAAGAAAUUAGAACUUCAAGUAUAUGCAACCUUUUUUGAAAUUUACAGUGGAAAGGUGUUUGACUUGCUAAACAGGAAAACAAAAUUAAGAGUGCUGGAAGAUGGAAAACAGCAGGUUCAAGUGGUGGGAUUACAGGAACGGGAAGUCAAAUGUGUUGAAGACGUACUGAAACUCAUUGACAUAGGCAAUAGUUGCAGGACAUCCGGUCAAACAUCUGCAAAUGCACAUUCAUCUCGGAGCCAUGCAGUGUUUCAGAUCAUUCUUAGAAGGAAAGGAAAACUACAUGGCAAAUUUUCUCUCAUUGACUUGGCUGGAAAUGAACGAGGAGCUGAUACUUCCAGUGCAGACAGGCAAACCAGGCUUGAAGGUGCUGAAAUUAAUAAAAGCCUUUUAGCACUCAAGGAGUGCAUCAGAGCCUUAGGUAGAAAUAAACCUCAUACUCCUUUCAGAGCAAGUAAACUCACUCAGGUGUUAAGAGAUUCAUUCAUAGGUGAAAAUUCUCGUACCUGCAUGAUUGCCACAAUCUCUCCAGGAAUGGCAUCUUGUGAAAAUACUCUUAAUACAUUAAGAUAUGCAAAUAGAGUAAAGGAGUUUGGAAUUAGUCCAUCAGACAUUCCCUUCUCACAGGGUAGUGGCAGUCGCCCCGAUCUCUCUCCUUCUUAUGAGUAUGACGACUUUUCUCCUUCGAUUACCAGGGUGAAAGAAUUGACUGUGGAUCCAACUGCUGCUGGUGAUGUCCGUCCAAUAAUGCACCAUCCACCCAAUCAGAUUGAUGACUUAGAGGCACAGUGGGGUGUAGGGAGUUCCCCUCAGAGAGAUGAUCUAAAACUUCUUUGUGAGCAAAAUGAAGAAGAGGUUUCCCCCCAAUUGUUUACUUUCCACGAAGCCGUCUCACAAAUGGUAGAAAUGGAAGAACAAGUUGUAGAAGAUCACAGGGCAGUGUUCCAGGAAUCUAUUCGAUGGUUAGAAGAUGAAAAGGCUCUCCUAGAGAUGACUGAAGAAGUAGAUUAUGAUGUAGAUUCAUAUGCUACUCAACUUGAAGCUAUUCUUGAGCAAAAAAUAGACAUUUUAACUGAGCUGCGGGAUAAAGUGAAAUCUUUUCGUGCAGCUCUACAAGAAGAAGAACAGGCCAGCAAGCAAAUCAACCCGAAGAGACCCCGUGCCCUUUAAAUCAGCAUUUGCUGCUAGAGGAUCCCCAGAACCCACAUUACUGUAACAUACAGUGGUUCAGCUGUUAAGGGCCAUUUGAAAGUUUGAAAUUUUAAGUGUCUGUGGAAAAUGUCUUGUCCCUUCACCUGAAUGACAUUUCAAUUUUGUGAAACACUCCUUUGUCUACAAAAUGCUUCUAGUCCACGAGGCACAACCAAGAUUGGGAAUAGUGAAGCAUUUUGUUUCAUUUACCCAAACAGUGAUUUACUUUUGGAGAUCCUUGCCAAUUUUAUUUUCUGUAUGAUGAAGUGAGAUUGUGGACUUGAUCCAGAGGUGAAUAGUAGGGGGAAGCCACAGCAUUUCCUUUAAAUCGGUUGAAUUUUCGUAGCAAGACUGAGCAGUUUUAAAUCCUUUGAGUGCAUGCAUACCUCAUCAGUGAUUGUACAUACCUUGCCCACUCCUAGAGACAGCUGUGCUCACCUCUUCCUGCUUUGUGCCUUGACUAAGGCUUUUGACCCUCAAUUUCUGAAGCACAGCCAAGAUAAAUUACAUUCCUUAAUUGUCAUUGUAAAUUACCUUUAUUGUGUGUACAUUUUUACUGUAUUUGAGACAUUUUUUGUGUGUGACUAGUUAAUUUUGCAGGAUGUGCCAUAUCAUUGAAUGGAACUAAAGUCUGUGACAGUGGACAUAGCUGCUGGACCAUUCCAUCUUAUAUGUAAAGAAAUCUGGAAUUAUGAUUUUACAACCAUAUAAUGUGGUUAUAAUUUUCUUAGCAUUUUCUUUGUAAAGAACUAAAAUAUAAACUAGUUGGUGUAUAAUAAAAAGUAAUGAAAUUCUGAGAAGAGUUUUAUCUUAGGAUAAUACAUAUAUAUAUGCAGUGUGUGUUCCAGUGUGGUAUUAACAGGACUAAUAGUGCAAUUUGAUCCUUACCAAUACCAUUACUUAAGUUAAAGUGUCCAUUAGCACCCCAAAAUGUACCUUUUAAAUGUACUGGUAAAGGAAAUUGGCUUCUGAUGCAUGAAUAUUUACAUGUACACUGAAAGUAGUCCAUAAUAGAACUGUUAGUUUAAGCCAAGUGUAGACAGUACAUCACUCCCUUGAAAAAGAAUUAAGCUAAAAAAAGAGUUGACUUUGCCUUAAAAGGCAGAUCGAUCUAACCCAAGCCCCAUCAUCCGUUACCUACUAUGUGAUAUUUCAUCAUUAUUUGGUGAGAAUCACCAAAUCCUCACCAAUAAAUUGGUCUAGGGUAUGCUGCUUUUUAAAUGGUGGCACUAUUUUUACAGAUUGCUACUCCAAGGAAGAAAACUGGCCACUUUUCAUGUAAAUAUUUUGUUAAAAGAUUUAUAUAUCUCUCUAGGAGUUUUCCCUUAGUUCCUAGGAUAGAGUCCAGGAGUAGAUUAACAACAAAAAGUCUCCCAAGGAUGUCUUGUUUUGAUUUACUCUAAGGAACUAAUGCUCAUUCAUUUGGGCCAAAGGGAAGCUAUGAAUAGAGAGUCACAUGAGCCAGAUUCCCUACUUCAUUGUUCAUAGAAACCAGAGAGUACUUGUGGGAAAUCCUACACCAUGGUGAAAUGCUCCUCUGUAAACUUGAAAUCUAGAACAAAUGUAGAUUUUCACAAUGUGCUUAUUAAUAAAUGAUAUCUAUGGAAUGAGUUUUAGAGAAUUUACUUCAGAACAAUCACCUUUGUUUUGGAAGGGACUCAGGUUUUCUUGCAGUUGUAAGAUAACGUUCUAUUUGUGUUUAUUUCAAAGAGAAGAGAAAGAAUGGAGCAGUUACUGUGGACUUUGCAGCAGCUGCUUAAAAAGGUAGUUUUUGAGGCUAACCAACCUUCAGAGGACAAUGGAGAUGUGAACUUGCUCAUUUUAAAGCACAGCAGAUUCAUCUUAAUUUAUUAAGUAAGAUGGGUACUAUCUCUGGAAGGUCUCCUUAUGUUCAAAUAUGUUGCCUUAUACUAUAAUGGCUUCAUUCUGAUAAGUGAUCAAGGUCUAUAGAAAAUUGAUACCAGAAAAGAUGUUGGUGGUUAUAGUCCAAUCCUUCAGUUUUACAGAUAGGGAAAACUGAAGGUCAGAAAAGGGACUAAAAGUCAGUUCAUGAGGGAAGAGGGAAUAAGAGGGAAAGCUGAAUUAAUUCUUAAAAUUUUCCUAUAAAGAUAGAGAUGGUACAAAUGAAUUUUGCAAAGUAAGUAGUUUUGUGAUAAUAAAGCCUGCUCUUGAGGUAUAUUUAAUAUUUAUGUAACAAAAGUGGCUUGAUGCAGUAUUAUUUAAAGAAAAUUUUUUUGGAUCUGGAUUAAACAUUCUUGACUUUCUCAGACUUCUUGAAAGCUGAUAUUCCUAUUAAAAAGUAGGAAUGUUUUACUAUAUCACUCUGAAUCCAGAUUUCCAAAAAAAUCUGUUGAGGCAAACAACUUCCCUUCUAGGUUUACUCAGUGUACCUUUGUUAAAAUAAUUUGGAAGCAAUCUUUCUAUUAAGUUAGGUUUUUAAAAAGCCAAUUAUUAAGAUAUUUUUGUUAAUUUCCUCAUAUAAAUUAUCAGCUACUGUAAUUAUUACAGGACAUUAAUAAUGAUUUAAACAUAGUAGCUAAUUAAGACUUGUUUAUGGUAUUUAUUAAAAUUCUCAACCUGACAUUUUAAAACUUAAAAACAUUUUAAAAAUAGCCUAGAACAGUAUGUGAAAAGGGACUGGAACUUUUAAUUUUCCAUAAGUCAUGUGAAUACUGGGAGCCUCUAGUUCUGGGAAAAUGGCUGGUUAAGAUUUUUUUUGUUUUAAGUAAGUUGAAGGGCAGAAUUUUAACCUCAUAGCCAGUUUUGAUUUACAAAACCCUUUAGAAUUUCGUUAAACCAGUGGCUUUCCCCAAGAAAAAAACCAUACUGUCUUACAGUUGAUUUCAUCCUAGUUGAGCGUCCUGUUAUCACAGUUGACGAAAUCAUGCCUAGGAGUAAUGUGCCCGGCACCACCACACGGUGGCAGUAGCAGACUCAUGCUUAUCCAGAACUGUGAAGUAGCUUAUGAUGCUACAGGACAGCUUAAAGGUGUGGGCAGAGAUAGAAGGUGUAUAAGAUGAACAGAAAAAAUGAGAGAAGCAAAAUAAGAAACAAGUGUUUUAUUGUGCACAUGAAUAAAAAGAAACCGUACGGGGAAUAUGUAACUUGAGUUAAGCAUAUUUUAACUGUCUGUUUGAGGGACAAAGGCCUACAGAGGCCCUCAUGGUAAUAUAUAACAUAGAAAAUAGAAGAGUAACAUCUUUAUACAAUAAACUGUUAGAAAAUUUCUAAGUUUAAGUGUAAAGUUGUGCGUGCCUGCGGCUCUUAAAGAUUACCGUGUAGAGACUGGACCCUGCCCUAUGUUAAAUAUUAAAAACACCAAAACCAAAAAAAAAAAAAAAAACCAAAAAAAAAAAC